AAAAUACGUCACAAACGCGUCUAAAGAAAGCGUGGAAUCCUCACUGGGUAGGGAGUACUAGAUAGUCUACAAUAUAAACGUUCUUCUUCUCACAUUCAAUUCUACCGGAUUUUCAAGCAUCGAGUAACAUCAGAGAAAAUGGGAGGUGGAAAGGACAAACAUGAUGAAUCUGACAAAGGGCUCUUCUCUCACGGUCACGGCGGCCAUUAUCCACCCGGGCAGUACCCACCAGCAGCUGGAGGGUACCCUCCGGCUGGCUAUCCUCCUCAGCAAGGUUAUCCUCCAGCUGGAUAUCCUCCUCAGCAAGGCUAUCCUCCUCAGCAUGGCUAUCCUCCUCAGCAUGGCUAUCCUCCUCAGCAAGGCUAUCCUCCAGCCGGUUAUCCUGGUCAACAUCACUCAGGAGGAGGAUCCUCUAUUGGAGGAAUACUAGCAGGAGGUGCUGCUGCUGCUGCCGCCGCCUAUGGUGCCUCCCACCUCGCACAUGGAGCGCACGGAGCCCAUGGAGCACACGGAACUCAUGGAACCUAUGGUGUUAGCCAUGGAAUGAUGGGGGGCCAUGUUGGUCAUGGGAAGAUGAAGCAUGGCAAGUUCAAGCACGGGAAGUUCGGUAAGCACGGGAAGCACAAGGGCAAGGGCUUUGGAGGCAAAGGCAAGAAGUGGAAGUAAUCCCUCCAUUGCCCUAAAACGGUGACUUAUAUAUAAACCAGCCGGUUAUGCUGUUGUAAUUUCCGUUCCUUUCCUUUCCUUUUUAUUAACGUAUAAACAAAAGCGAGUAAUAUGUUGAUCGGCAUUGUGUUGUGUUGUUGCCAGUGCCCUUCGAUAGUUAAGCUCGGCCUCAUGGCUUUAGAGCUGGUCUUUCUUUUUUGUGUGGCUGAACCCUCUUAACUCGUUGCUGGUUUUAAUGUUAUAAUUUGGGAAAAUUGAAAAUUUACAUAUGUUUUAAGAAUGAAAUUCAAUCUUGUAUUUAUGGAGACAUGACCCUAUAUGAAUCAAUGAAUUGAUUGUUUAUGCGAA